AUGACGAUGAUUGUGAAGAGACCGCCGUCAUUGUACAUCGUCGUUCAGAAGAACAACAACGAGGAGGAAGCAGGCAGGGAAGCCGUUCUCUUUACCAUCCAGCCGAACGAAAACGGAGAAUAUGUCGUAUCAGGACCUCAAGGCAAUGACCUGUACGACAAGGACCGGCAGAUGUCUUUGCCCCCCUUAUCGUCUCAUCCUCCUAUUCCUAACGGAGAUAUCCUUCAUAAUCAACAAGGAGCUACGCCACGACGGCGUAGACCGAGGGCCCAGUCUAUUCUGUACCCUUACAUCCAUGGGCACGGACAUACCCAUAUCGCUGGCUCUUCCUUGACGCCCUCAAGGCGCAGCUCCGCUGCAGGCAUCACCAAGUCUAAGGACGACUCAAGAAUCCAGUAUGAGUUGCCCAUUGAAGAUAACGAUGAAAGGGCUAGACUCCCGGCCGAUCCAUGGCGAGCACGCAAAGUGCGCUUCUAUCGGAACGGAGACCGUUACUACCACGGCUACGAAUUCGUCUUCAAGCCAGGACGCGACGUCGUUAACAUGGAGGCUUUGUGCGACAAGAUAUCAGACAGAAUUGGUCUGAUCAAAGGUGCAAGGUAUAUUUUCGGUUUGGACGGACGCCGGAAGUACAGAAUAGAAGAACUGGAAGAUGGACAAUCGUAUGUUGCUUCUUCAGACCGGAAAUUUGUCAACCUCGGAUACGGACGUCAGAGACCAGACUGGAAUCAAAACGCCCUAGCGGGGACACCCAAUGCCCUGGCGGACCGCCAGGGUCCUGGAGGAGGAAGGAGGGGCGAUAACAGCCGGACAGGAUCUCCUGUCGUUCGGGAGGUGUCGAAGAAGAGCUCGGCCGACAGCAGCAAGUCAGGCAACAGCAAACCCGGGUCGAGAGACGGCAGGACGAUCAAGAUUCUGAAUAACACCGAUCACUCGCAGGAGAGAACAGUACUUGUCAACAUGAAGACGGUAAAUCUCUGGGAAGACGUCGUCAAGGAUGUGGGGAAAAUGUUUAAGCUUACAGGGCCGCUGCGAUUGCUCUCCGUUCUGGGGGAAGAGGUCAAGAGUUUCUCCCAGUUCAAAAACGACUUCUCCGACUACGACGUGUUCUACGUGGAGCAAAUGGAAGAGGCAUCGACGAACAACAACAACCUGCUCAAGAGCCCUCGUUCGAACAAAUCGACACCGCCAAGUGCCUCCGGAAGUGGAAACGGAGGAAGCACCGAAAACGGUAACGGAGGGAGGAGAAAAUCCCUCAAUGGAAAUGACGACAGACGUAGUUCCAUCAGUGACCGGCGAAACAGAUCGUCCUCGAGAAGACCGACUCUCAGACGCCAUACAAGUGAACCUACGCUUAAAGAGACACCAGAGGAAAGUGACGAAUACGAGGAAGUAACGGAUGGAAGAUCGGCCCUCGUAACCAUCCGAGGGCAGAGGAGAACACUUCAUGCCCCUAAGAUGCCAAUCAAACACAACCCGGCGCUGCCUCACCACACGCUAACCCUUGAUUGGGUUUACGGCUACAGAGGAAGUGACAGCAGAAAGAACCUGUGGGUGCUGCCCUCAGGCGAACUUCUCUACUAUGUAGCAGCUGUUGCUGUCAUAAUGGAUGCCAAAGACGAUCUCCAGAGACACUACACUGAACACACAGAAGAUAUUCAGUGCAUGGCUUUGCAUCCGACCCGUGACUUGGUGGCCUCGGGCCAGAGAGCCUCCAGAGGAAACAGGUCUUCUGCGCAUGUACGGGUUUGGAGUGCGCGCUCUCUGAACACUCUCCACGUUUUGGGCAGGAAGGAGCUGGGAGCUGGUAUCCUGGCUGUGGACUUCUCGCGCAGGAAUAAGGGCGACUACCUUCUAGCCGUCGAUGCUGACCGAGAGCACCUGCUGUCGGUCUGGACAUGGGACAACGAAUUGAUCUUCGGGAGAGUUGCUACUCACCAAGACCACGUAUGGGGAGCGGCCUUCCAUCCGCUUGACAAUAACCUUAUUGUCAUUUAUGGAAGAGGACUGCUCUCCCUCUGGGCGAGGAGGAAGGACGGGAUCUUCACCAGGACGGACCUCAUCGAGGAAACUUCCGGAAGAACGAUCAUGUCCCUGGAAUUCACCCUCAGGGGAGAUCUCAUCACAGGGGACCACGAGGGAAUGAUCUCCGUCUGGAGCAUCGACCCCGAUGGUGACUAUUAUGUCAAGAGAGAAUUUCAGGCUCACAUGUCAGCGGUGAACUGUCUGCAGUUGCUGAGCGAAGGCACAGUCCUUUCUGGCGGAGACAAGGACCGCAAGAUCAUUGCUUGGGACUGUGAGGAAGAAUUCGAGAAAAUUACGGAAACAAAGUUGCCGGAACAAGCAGGCGGUGUACGAUCGUUAUACCCACAAAGACCAGGUCACAACGACGGCAACAUCUACGUCGGUACGACACGCAACAUGAUCCUUGAGGGUUCUUUGCAAAGGAGAUUCAACCAGGUUAUAUUCGGACACAGCAAACAGCUGUGGGGAUUAGCAAUGAACAAAUCAGAUGGGACUUUAGCAACAGCUGGUUACGACAAGCACAUAGUUAAGUGGCAUGAGAACCAGUUGGAAUGGAGGAUACAGGCCCAGAGCGAGUGCGUGAGCGUAGCAGUGCAUCCGAUGGGCACCAGGAUAGCAGCCGGGACAAUUGACGGACACCUUAUCGUCCUCAAUGGACAAAGCGGGCAGCACGUCACAACUGUCAGGGUCUGCGGUUCUCCUCUCUCCUGUCUUUCGUAUAAUACAGCCGGAGACACUUUAGCAGUGGGGUCUCAGAACGGCUCCAUUUACCUGUACAAGAGCACCAAGGAUGGAUACCUGUACACCAGGAACGGUAAAAUGACUGGGACCCUUCCGCUCUCCGGCAUCGACUGGAGUACUUCCGGUCGUUACCUGCAGACCGUCACUUCCGAUUACGAUAUUGCUUACUGGAGUCUGAGCGACUUAUCCCGAGUCAAAAACGACCAGGACGUACGCAACGAGACCUGGGCGACUCAGACGUGUCCGCUAAGCUACAUGGUUCACGGCGUUUGGAGCGGCGGCAGGGAUGCACCUCUACAGGUCACCUUGGACAGAUCCCCUCGGGGGGAUCUCGUGGCAGCUGGAGAUACAGAUGGUUUCAUCAGGCUUUACAGGUAUCCUGUGCUGAGCAGCCGAGCAGGUUAUCACGAAUACAAAGUUUAUACAUCUUACGUAUCGUGCGUGAGAUUCUCUUACACGGACAACUACCUCUAUACCAUUGGCGACACGGAUGCUGCUCUCAUGCGCUGGCGAGUCACUUAGCACAGACAUCGGACGCGCUUUGCGCGCCGCCGCUAAUAGACCAAUGUAACGAAGAGAAAACUUUGUGUCUGGGAGACACGAUUUUCCUCGUAUGAAGCCUGGCUUCUUGUUGAUUGCACGUUUAAUCAAAGCCUUUGGUGAAUUUUGAACUCGUCUGAAGUUCUACCGAACUUUAAUACUCUGUCCCGAACAUUGUUUCGAAACUUAAAACUCAGACUAUGAAUUUGUGCUGACAUUGCUGUUUCAUCGGAAGAGGAUUUGAUGUGGCUGACUUUGUUAUCAAUCAAGCCACAAAAUCACACUGUUUACGAAGGUUUCCCAAUACCAGG